AAGGCAGCUAUGCUAACCACUAUACCACCAACGCUUGCAGAAGCUAACAGGCUUUUCAUCUUUAGACUAUUCACUUUUGGAUCAGAAAUGGAUUUAUUUGGUGAUCUUCCGGAACCUACAAAUGAUCCAGGUCCUGUUAAAGCCAAGCAGCCGGAAGAGGGCACAGAGGAGGAUCGAGGAGAGAAGAGGAAGAGAGACGUCAGCUCGGAGGAGACAGAGGUGGAAGACAAGAAACAAGAGGAAAAGAAAGUUUGUAAAGCAGAUCUUGUGAAGCUGACAGGCUUUGUCUCAGCGAGACGCGGUGAACGAGAGGAGAUGCAAGAUGCUCACGUCCUGCUUCCAGAUCUGACAUCCAGCAUCACCAACCUCCCCUCGCAAGUUUCUCGUCUUGCGUACUUCGCUGUGUUUGAUGGUCACGGUGGAGCUCGAGCGUCGCAGUUUGCUGCCGAGAAUCUCCAUCAGACGCUGCUCAGCAAAUUUCCUAAAGGUGACGUGGAAAAUUUGGAGAAGCUGGUGAGGAAGUGUCUGCUGGACACCUUUCGUCAGACUGAUGAGGAUUUCCUGAAGAAAGCCUCCAGCCAGAAACCUGCGUGGAAGGACGGCUCGACGGCCACAUGUAUGCUGGUGGUUGAUGAUGUUCUUUAUGUGGCAAACCUGGGAGACAGUAGAGCAGUGCUGUGUCAUUUGGAGCAGGCUGAGGAUUCUGGGAAAAGGAAGUGUGUGACUCUGGCUCUCAGUAAGGAGCACAACCCCACCAUAUAUGAGGAGCGCAUGAGGAUUCAGAGAGCGGGCGGCUCGGUCAGGGACGGUCGUGUGCUGGGAGUGCUGGAAGUGUCUCGUUCCAUCGGUGACGGUCAGUAUAAACGCUGUGGAGUGAUUUCCACUCCGGACGUGCGGCGCUGUCAACUCAGUCCAAAUGACAGGUUUGUUCUGUUGGCGUGCGAUGGGCUUUUUAAAGUGUUUUCUGCAGACGAGGCCGUUCAGUUCGUCCUCAACAUUCUAGAGAAUGAGACUGUGGAGCAGAAGGAGGGGCAGAGUGAGGAGGCGGGGCGAUUUGAGGCAGCCUGUCAGCGAUUGGCCAGUGAGGCUGUGAGGCGGAGCAGUGCGGACAAUGUCACUGUUAUUCUUGUCUCUAUUGAGUUCUGAAAUCAUUAUACACACACACACACACACACACACACACACACACUUCCAUUCAGAAUCUUUUCUGUUACACAAACGCACACAGAUACACACGAAUGCAUGAAUUCAGAGGAAGUACAUUGUUAAUACAGGCUUAUUAUAGAGAUGUUUGAAUCUCAACUUGAUUUUUUUUUCCAAAGCAGGGCUUUUGAAAACACUGUGUCAGAUUUUAGUAUUUGUGCUGUUUGCCAUCAAAUACUAAACAAUAAACUUUUAUACAAUCUCACAAUAUCUGUGUCCUCUCUGAAUUCCUGUGUA